AUGAGAAGCCUUACAAGUGCCCACACUGUUCUUAUAGCUGGUGCGUGGUUUUUUCCCUAUUUAUCUAUCCUUUCUCCGUGA